UUAUAUACAGUGAGAGGAGGUUUUCGGUGCACAGUCGGUACGUGACUGCCAGAGGAUCAGCAUAUCGAUGACUUUUUAUCCCAAGGAGAAUAUACUGAAGAUUUUCACUUUAUUUGUAUGUUUAAUGUCUGUGUGAUAUUGGUGUAAAAAGAAUCUUAAUUUAUGGAAUUAAUAUUAAAGCUCUCUCGAAUCCCCCACAUGUAGAUGAGAGAAAACAUGAUAAAUGAAGACUGGUCAUCCCCUCUUUGCCUUAGAUAGCCACAGGUUCGCUUUGAUGUCACAGUUUGUCAGGAUUUAUUCUACCCAUGUACCGUACGAACCUGAAGGUUCUAAUACUAUGUGUGGGUAUCUUCCCUCUUCUGCUAACAGUAUACAACAUUGGAAGAUGUGAUAUAACCAAGGAAGAUGAUAGCAUUUACAGAGAAGCAGUGUCGUCGCAAUUCAUCAAUGAGUUUGAUGCAUCUGUGGGGUUUCAGCCCAGGGUAGCCCAAGCUUAUAAUCACGUGGAACGGAGCAAGCCAAUCAAAUAUGAAGAACUUGAGUGUGUCAUCAAUGGAGACUAUUCUGUAAUGGGAAGAAAAGAGGGCAAAAAUGUUUACAUGCCAUUCUCCUUCAUUCAGAAAUAUUUUGAGGUAUAUGGUUCCAUUUAUCAAACAUUUUCAUUCACAGUUACCAGGAUCAACUGGUAUCACCCCAGUGGUGUCUUCAUGGCGUUUGAUCAAUAUAGCGUAGAAGACAGGAAUAGAGUGAAAUGUGUCUCUGGUAUCGAAGGUGUACCUAUCUCAACACAAUGGGAGAGGAAAGGUCACUACUACCCCAUUCAGAUAGCACAGUACGGCUUAAGUCAUUAUAGCAAAUAUCUGACACAACCAAGACCGAAAAUAAAAGUUUUAGAGGAUGGAGAACAAACAGAUGUAUCAGAAUGGCUGCUUCCUGAUAGAAAAUCUGAGAUCCGCAGCAGGAUGGACGACAGAAUUACGGUGGAUAAUGGAGUAGUGGAAUUUAAGACAUCAACAAACAUGAAGAAUCCUGGAAUCAGCAAGUCCACAGAAGGAGAGAGGAUUUCGACAUUAUCUAUGGAUAUUAUGUUUAUAAAUAAUGGAAGUGUGACGGUUUUAUUACAAACAGGAGAUGGAAAUUUGUUUCGUGUUCAUUACGUGCUUAGUGAUAAUAUAAUCAAAUUAGAAGGUAAAGACCUUUAUUAUGGAAUUGGGUCGCACAAGAAAGGAAAAUGGAUUCACUUAACGAGACAAGUAAUGGUGGACUUUCAAAAAGGAUUAACGUUACGGUUUUCCAAAAAUCGAAGUAACAAAAUCAAAAGUGCAGCCCACAUUGCAGCUAUAUGUGUUCGUGGUCACGGUAUAAUGGACAAUGUGACCCUUCGUAGUCAUGCACAUAAGGAUUUGUUUUUUGAUGCAGCAAGUUAUUUUGUUCGGCAUCAAGAUUCCAAGGGUGGUUGGCCAGUGAAAGUGACACGUAAGCUUAUUCCAGAAGUCAUGGAACUAGAGCCAGGAUGGUAUUCUGCCAUGGGUCAAGGACAGGCCAUUUCUCUCCUUGUACGAGCAUAUGUGGCCUCUAAAGACAGGACUUACUUAGAGACAGCGGGUAAGGCGUUGGAUAUUUUUGACAUUCCAAGCUCCGAGGGUGGAGUUUUGGCGAAGUUUUUAGGCAAAUUCGAUUGGUAUGAAGAAUACCCAACCACACCUAGUAGUUUUGUGCUUAAUGGAUUUAUUUACUCCUUAUUUGGUCUUUAUGACCUUAAAGAAAUGUCAACCGGUAGUAUUAGAGAAAAGGCAGCUAAGUUAUAUGAAAAAGGGAUGAGGACGUUGAAAGCAAUGCUUCUUAUAUUUGAUUCUGGUACAGGGACGUUUUAUGACCUUCGACAUAUCACCGCAGGUCUUGCACCAAAUCGUGCCAGAUGGGACUAUCAUAAGGUUCAUAUCAAACAGUUAUACAUACUGAUUGAGUUAGACAAUGAUCCGAUUUUUCAGAACACUCUUGAAAGGUGGAAAGGGUACAUGAAAGGAAAACCUGCCCCUCAUAAUUGAAAACUAAAAACUGAGAAAUUUUAACUUUCAACAUAAAAUUUACACCAAAGCUUUCCUUUAAUUUUUACCAAAUUAUUAAUGAAGAUUAUUCAAAAUAAGGAGGAUUGUUGAUUGACAUUAAAAGAAUUUAUAUUUGACUAAAACGGUUUAAAUGUAGCAAUAUGUAUAUAUGAAGAUUCAUUUUAAUACGUAAAAUUAAGAUUUGUAGUCCUCUCAAAGCAUGACAAGCUUCAAUAUCGAGCAACAUUGGCAGUUUUUAAUCUAAUUUUGUGGAAAUAAAAGUUUCAAUAUUCUAGUUCUUAAUAACUUCAAGCAUAAUUCAGCUAUUUUUAUGGUGCUUUAAUUUUUUAUUUUUUUUUUAUUUUUGUACAAUGUUUUUAUGCGAAGUGAUGAAGUAAAAACUUUUCUGACAUUUUACAUUCCAUACUUGUGCGUUAUGAUUUUGUUUUUAAAGAUGUUAUUCAUAUUAUACUUUCACCAGAAAUACACAUCAUUUCUCUAGUGCAACAGUGUUAGCAAAAUGAUUGCGUGCGAGUGGAUUAUUUUUUCCUUCUUUGUUUUAUUGCAAUAUUUCCUCUUCUUGCGAUUUAUGUUAUGUUACAAAGAACCAAAUAAAAGAAUAAAAUCAUUAA